GUGAUUACAUAUUCUUUGAUACCAGUCUAGAGAUCCGGGUUACUGGUCUGUGUUUUUGGUUGUAAGUUUGCAAAGUCCUAAAAUAAUAAAAAUCGAGUUACCUCAAGAACUGGUAUAUAGUGAUCUGUGCUCAAGAAUCAAUUCUAAAAGUUGGAAAUAAGUUACAAUGGCUAUCUCCGCUAUCCUGCGACGUACGAUUAUCAAUGGCACAGUCUAUUCAGCAGCUGCGUUGCGUUUUGCCUCUACUCAAACAGAGAAGAAAGUUUAUUUUGAUGUGACCGCAGACGGUGACCCUUUGGGUCGUAUAGUUAUGAAACUGAACACAGAUGAAGUCCCUAAAACAGCUGAGAAUUUUAGAGCAUUAUGUACAGGUGAAAAAGGGUUUGGAUACCAAGGUUCAUCAUUUCAUAGGAUUAUACCUAAUUUUAUGUGCCAAGGUGGUGAUUUCACUAAUCACAAUGGCACAGGAGGAAAGUCAAUUUAUGGCAGAACUUUCCAAGAUGAAAACUUUAAGCUGAAGCAUACUGGUCCAGGUAUAUUAUCAAUGGCCAAUGCAGGCCCCAAUACAAAUGGCUCACAGUUCUUUAUAACAACGGCUGCAACUCCCUGGCUUGACAGGAAACAUGUUGUUUUUGGGUCAGUUGUGGAAGGAAUGGAAGUUGUAAGCAAAAUGGAAAGUCUCGGAUCAAAAAAUGGAAAACCCUCAAAGAAAGUUACAAUUGAGAAGUGUGGUGAGUUGGAAUAAAUACAAAUAAAAUCUGUAGUUAUAGAAUUAAAUAAUUGUAUUGUAUAGUUUAGCUGUUUUAGUAUUGUAAUUUUUUUUUAAGUUAAAAUUAAAGUAUUCUUUCAAUUAUAAAUCUUGUCUUAUUUUCUAGAUUCCACCUAUCAACAAACUAGAUUUGUAGCUAUGAUUAGUUAAUUUAUAUCUAGUCUUCUAUAAUUAUUCGGGGGUUCAAUAUUAUGGUCAUGCACCAGUAUGUAUUUAGAAUUAUUUAUGUGCUUUUUAAGCAAUUAAAUACAUAAGUGUCACUUGCUUAAAAGGUGAAGGAAAUCAUUGUGAGGAAACCUGCAUAUCUCAGAGUUCUCCAUAAUUUCUCAAAGUAUGUGAACUCUGUACUUGGCCAGCAUGGUGGAAUAUUUGUAUGGGCUAAACCUUUCUCUUUCUGAGAGGAGACCCAUGCUGAUGUUGAAGGCCAGCGAUGAGUUAAUGUUGAAUUAUUAUUGUAACAGUUGUAACUCAGUGUUGUUCAGUGAGUAACCAUUGUAAUGUGUACUGAUCAUUAAUGAAAUCAUAAUAAUUUCUAUAAAUUAUUAUUGUACUUGAAUAAUAUAGCAUUGCUAGCAAAAGGUUUACUCUGGGCAGCGUAGGCUACUCAGUACUCUACUAGGUGACUGAGGCUAAGAUCUAUCAGUAUAGAUUUAUUUUGCUCUGAUCACUAUUUUAGAGUUAAAAUGAGACAGAUUUAUCUCUAAAACCUGUUUCAAUUUAAAUUUCUUAUAUAAAUUAAUCUAAUUUUAACUCCAGUCUGUAGUAAAUUAAGUCUGUAUAUAUUUUAAAAAUAAUUUCAUCUAUCAAUAGGGGGAGUAGAAAUUAUACUAUGAGUAUAUUGGAUAAGAGUUUUGGUUAAAAUAAAAUAAAUCUAAAAUGUG